AAUGAGAUGUUGCUAAUGUGACGUAUAAUCUAGUGGACGGAACGCUUCUUCACCAACAUGGCUAUUGAUUCAAUCACCUCGGUAGCCUACAUAAAACAAAUACAUUAAAGCGCUUUAGACGCAGACUUCAGUUAGUUUAAAACACAUUUAUGUCGUAUCUAGUUACCCUUAAUUUCUAUAUUUAUGUUUUUGUUAGCCAUCUAGAUGGGUGGUUAAAUUACCAGUAGCCUAGAAGCUAAUUAAUGAUAGCUAGCUAACGUUACCUCGCUAACAUCCUCGACCAUGAGCUCACCAAGCUACACCCCACCUGCUAAAGAAGAGGGGGUCUGCUGGACGGAGAAAGAAGCCCCCGUGAAAGAGGAGGAGGAAGAGGAGGCUCUCACAGUUAAACAAGAAGUAGAGGGUGAGGCUUUUACAGUUAAACAAGAAGUAGAGGGUGAAGCUGUUGGAGUGAAAGAAGAGGAGGUGGAUGUUACUGUGGAGGAAGAGAAACAAGACGGUGCCGCUUUGGGAGUGAAAGAGGAGGAAUUGACUGUCACAGUGAAAGAAGAAGAUAUUUUCAGAGUGAAAGAGGAGGAUGCCGUCUUUGGAGUGAAGGAGGAGGGGGAGAUUACUGUCACAUGGGAGGAGGAGGAGGAGGAAGAGAUUGGAGAUAUAAUUAACACCACAGGAGAAAGACCAGACACUCACUCUGACAGCAGGAAGAGUCCUUCAGGGGAACCAGACACAGAGACGCCCAAAGCAGCAAGACGACACCACUGCUCCCAGUGUGGAAAGAGUUUUACUAAGUUACGGAAUCUAAAAGAGCAUGAGAGGACACACACAGGAGAAAAGCCUUUCCACUGUUCCCAGUGUGGAAAGAGUUUUACUGUGUUAACUAACCUGAAAAGGCAUGAGAGAAUACACACUGGAGAAAAGCCUUACCAAUGUUCCCAAUGUGAAAAGAGUUUUGCCGUGUUAGUUAACCUGAAAAGACAUGAGAGAAUACACACAGGAGAAAAGCCUUAUCAAUGUUCUCUGUGUGGCAAGAGUUUUACCCAGUUAAGGUCCCUGAAAAGGCAUGAGAGAGUACACUCUGGAGAGAAGCCUUAUCAAUGUUCCCAUUGUGGAAGGAGUUUUAGGUCGUCUGCAAACAUGAAGGAGCAUGAGAGGACACACACAGGAGAAAAGCCUUUCCAAUGCUCACAUUGUGGAAAGAGUUUUACCCAUCUAGUGAGCCUGAAAAGACAUGAGAGAAUGCACACAGGAGAAAUGCCCUACCAAUGCUCCCAUUGUGGAAAGAGUUUUUCCCAAUCAGCAAAACUGAAAAGACAUAAGAGAAUGCACACUGGAGAGAAGCCUUUCAAAUGCUCCCAUUGUGGAAAGAGUUUUACCCAAUCAGGGGGCCUGAAAAAGCAUGAGAUAAAGAAGAAGCUAUGUUCUUUAUGUUCUUGACUGAGAAUGUGUUUUUGUGAAUGACAACUUCAGUAAAACCUAAUAAAAAAAAUAUAUAUAUAUA